AUGGCUAGCAACUCAUCAUCUACAACAAGUAGGCCAAAUAAAUCAGCAGCAGCAGCAGCAGCAGCAGCAGCAGCAGCAGCAGCAGCAGGAGCGCCAAUAGUUGUAAGCAGAAGUACCACACAGUCACGACCCGUUCGUCGAGUACUUCAAAAUUUUCUUUUGAUCUGGCUUGAUGACAAUUUCGAUGAAUCCAAAGACAAUUAUAAAAAAUCAAUACAACAUCUACAUGAUAUUUCGACAGCAGUCACCUCAUUUACAGACGUUGACGAAUGUAUUGAUUUUCUCACUGACAUUCACAAUGAAAAAGUAUUCAUGAUUGUGUCGGGUGCAUUAGGACAACAUAUAAUACCAGAAAUUCAAGAAUGCCCGCAACUAAUCUCCAUUUAUGUUUUAUGUCACAAUCAAUCGACUCAUAAGAAAUGGAUCAAAACAAUACCUAAGGUAAAAGGUGUGUACACACAAAUUGAACCAAUUUGUGAAGCAUUACAAAUCGAUCAAAGAAAUUGUGACCAACAUAUGAUCUCAAUCAGUUUUAAUCGUAUUGAUCCGUUAUUUAUGUAUACGCAAUUCUUAAAAGAAGCACUUUUGGAAAUCGAAGAUGAUGAUACAAAAUCGAUUAAGGAACUCGUUGAAUACUGUCGUCUUCACAGUGAUGCUUCCGAAGUUACACCCAAAAAGAUCGAGCGAGAAUAUCGUGAUCAUACACCCAUUUGGUGGUACACGGGUCCAUUUUUUAUCUACUCUAUGCUCAAUCGUGGUCUUCGACUAAUGGAAGUCGACAUUAUACUUAAAAUGGGCUUUUUCAUCCGCCAUCUACAUCAAUAUAUUACAGACUUACAUCGUAAACAGCAAAGUAGCAAAGUAGCCAUGCCAUCAAAAUUUCAAGUUUUUCGUGGUCAAGGCUUAUCUAUGGAAGCCUUUGAAAAAAUGAAGAAAACCAAAGGUGGACUUAUGUCCUUUAAUAAUUUCUUAUCGACAAGUCGUAAUCGUGAGAUUUCUUUCGAAACCUUUGCACGAGUGGCAGCAUUGGAUGCGAAUUCAGUUGGCAUUCUCUUCGUUAUGAACAUCGAUACGGCCAUUUCCACAGCUUCAUCGACACCUUUCGUCAACGUCAAAGAUGAUGGCUUCUAUGAUGAUCAAGAAGGAGAAAUUCUUUUUUCGACACAUACAAUUUUUCGCAUCGAUCGUAUAGAACAUAUUGAAGAUAAGCAUACGGAUCGUCUCUGGCAAGUCAAUCUCACCCUUGCUGGUAAUCAAGAUGAUGAUUUUAGCAAACUUAAAGUACAUUUAGGCGAAGAGCUUAACGUCGCGGGAACAGGAUGGUCUCGACUGGGUUCUAUUCUUAUUCAGCUGGGUGAGCCUGCAAAAGCAGAACAUCGCUAUCAGCUACUCCUCGAGAAGGCAUCUUCUGAUGGAUACAAAGCACAGUAUAAUGGUCAACUUGGCUCGGUGUAUCAAAGCAUGGGAGAAUACUCGAAGGCAAUAACAUUUCACGAAAGAGCAAUCGAUAUCUACAAGAAAAUGAGCCCUCCGAAUCAGCUCGGCUUGGCUGCUUCCUACCUCAACAUCGGUAAUGUGUAUGAUAACAUGGGCGAGUACUCGAACGCACUUUCGUCGUACGAACGAUCACUUGAAAUCCAAAAAAUAGCUCUCCCUCCGAAUCAUCCUGACUUUGCUCAAUCCUACAACAACAUCGGUAAUGUGUAUUAUAACAUGGGCGAGUACUCGAAAGCACUUUCAUCGCACGAACGAUCACUCGAAAUCCGAAAAAUAGCUCUUCCUCCGAAUCAUCACUCAUUGGCUUCUUCCUACAACAACAUCGGUGCAGUGUAUAGAGACAUGGGCGAGUACUCGAAAGCACUUUCUUCGUACAAACGAUCACUUGAAAUUCGAAAAAUAGCUCUCCCUCCGAAUCAUCACUCAUUGGCUUCUUCCUACAACAACAUCGGUAAUGCGUAUUAUAAUAUGCGCGAGUACUCAAAAGCACUUUCAUCAUAUGAACAAUCACUUGAAAUUCGAAAAACAGCUCUCCCUCCGAAUCAUCCCGACUUGGCUUCUUCCUACAACAACAUCGGUAAUGUAUAUGAUAACAUGGGCGAGUACUCGAAAGCUCUUUCAUCGUACGAACGAUCACUUGAAAUCCAAAAAAUAGCUCUUCCGCCGAAUCAUCCCGACUUGGCUAAAUCCUACAACAACAUCGGUAUGGUGUAUAAUGACAUGAGCGAGUACUCAAAAGCACUUUCAUCGCACAAACAAUCACUUGAAAUCCAAAAAAUAGCUCUCCCUCCAAAUCAUCCCGACUUGGCUUCUUCCUACAACAACAUCGGUAUGGUGUAUAAUAAGAUGGGCGAGUACUCGAACGCACUUUCAUCGUAUGAACGAGCAAUUGAAAUCCAAAAAAUAGCUCUCCCUCCGAAUCAUCCCGACUUGGCUACUCCCUACGGAAACAUCGGUAUGGUGUAUUAUAACAUGGGCGAAUACUCGAAAGCACUUUCAUCGUACGAACGAUCACUUGGAAUCGAAAAAAUAGCUCUCCCUCCGAAUCAUCCCGACUUGGCUUCUUCCUACAACAACAUCGGUAAUGUAUAUAAAAAAAUGGGCGAGUACUCGAAAGCACUUACAUCAUACAAACGAUCACUUGAAAUCCGAAGAAUAGCUCUUCCUCCGAAUCAUCCCGACUUGGCUUCUUCCUACAACAACAUCGGUAUAGUGUGUAAAAAAAUGGGCGAGUAUUCGAAAGCACUUUCAUCGUACGAACGAUCACUUAAAAUCCAAAAAAUAGCCCUUCCUCCAAAUCAUCCCGACUUGGCUUCGUCUUACACUGGUAUCGCUUCGGUGUAUAAUAAGAUGGGCGAGUAUUCGAAAGCACUUUCAUCGUAUGAACGAGCAAUUGAAAUCCAAAAAAUAGCUCUCCCUCCGAAUCAUCCCGACUUGGCUACUUCCUACAACAACAUCGGUAUGGUGUAUAAUAACAUGGGCGAGUACUCGAAAGCACUUCCAUCGCACGAACGAUCAUUUGAAAUCCGAAAAAUAGCUCUCCCUCCGAAUCAUCCCGACUUGGCUGCUUCCUACAACAACAUCGGUUCGGUUUAUAAUAACAUGGGCGAGUACUCGAAAGCACUUUCAUAUUACGAAAAAGCACUACAAAUCAAGAAGAUUGCUCUUUCCCCAGGACAUCCAAGUACUGCACUUACGGAAAGAAACAUUGAAAGUGUAAAAAAGAAAAUGUAA